GGCGGAGACCGCAAAAAGGCUGCCAGCGCCGCGUGGUUGACGGCGUAAACCCCACACCGCGAAGCUCGUUCCCGACUGCCCUGCGUCCGUCCGAUGCCGCCUCCCGCGCCGGAGCUGGACGAGUUCCGCGACUGGGCAAGCCUACCGGCGCUGCCGCUCGAGGAGGUGCUUCGGGGCCUGCUUCCCUGCCUCCGCUCGCUCUACGCUUUCGCGGGGACGUGCCGCCCCUGGCGCCGCCUGCUCCGCGCCUGCGCCGCCGAAGUCGUCCUCCCCCGCGUCCCGCCGCUCCUCCUCCUCUGCCCCGCCUUCCGCCUGGUCUCCUUCUCGCCGCUCGUCUUCGCCCGGCCCCUAUCCUACCGCCUCCCCGUCCCGGCGGGCGCUACGUUCCUCUCCGCCUCCCGUGGCCACCUCAUCCUUCUCCGCCGCGGCUCUUUCGGUUGCCUGCAUCUAGUCGAUGCCCUCACGGGCGCCGAGCGCCGCACGCUCCAGCUCCCUUCGCCGCACUUCCCGUACCACUACGCCGCGCUCUCGCCCUCUCACCUCCUCCUCUUCCACUCUAAGCACGCCUUCUUCUCGCUGCCCUUCCCCGAGCAUCCGACCCCCAACGCCCGCCUCGACUGGACCAAGCACACCCUCCCCCGCGCCGCCUCCUUCGUCACAACUGUCAUUGAAUUCCGCGGGCGUGUCCUCGGUUUGACCGACCGCGCGCAGCUACUGGAGUUCAACCUCGACGCCACCCCUCCGAACCAGACCGUCCGAAUUCUGUCAACCACCAGUCUCCCGGACGCCACCACAUUCGACCGAUUGCAGUUGGGACCCCAUCUGGUUGCUGCCCGGAAUCGGUUGCUGCUGGUGCUCUUCAUGGUUGGACCGAAAUUGGGCUCCAUGCCGUCGGCGGGAAGGGUGAAUAAGGUGGGUGUGUACUGGCUUGACAUGGCGCAGAUGAUAUGGGAGGAGGUGGACAACAUUGGGGCUUACAGCUUGUUCGUUGACUGCGCCGGGAGGAGCGCCACGGCUUGUGUGGAUGCGGGGAACUGUGGAGUGGAGGGGAAUCGAGUUUAUUUUGCGGCGCCCCGGUGCCAUACCUGGAGGGCAGUCCCACCAGGGUGUGAGGCGCCUCUUAAUGGUGAAGGGGGUGGACUGCUUUCCGACGGGCCGAUGGCGCAUGCUCCAUGGCCAUCACAGUUAUCGGUUUAUCCCCGUCUUUUCUUUUGAUUAUGCUUGUUGUGUGACAAGUUGCUGUUUCUGUAUAAAAUAGCCAAAUCUAUGUUCAGUUGUUUGCUCUAGUAUCAAUUACUGAGCAGUGAGCUAAUUAUGUUAUCGUAUUGUACCAUAUUGCUGCAAAAUAAUGAGUGAUUUUUAGCAGUCCAUCAGUCUUCACUAUGAGCUAGCGCUUGUAAGAACAUGGUCAUAUUGUCGUCUUCGUAUGGAAACCACUAGUAUUGAUAAUAGACCUGAAUUUUCCUGCCAA